CUCCCCAUCUCCUCUCUUUCAUUCUUUUAGUUUUCGUUCAUCACAGCCGCAAAAAUGGCCAAGGGUGACGUUAACCAGGCCGACAAGUCGGUCUUCGGCAUGCCCGGCUUCGUCGUCGACUUCCUGAUGGGUGGUGUCUCCGCCGCUGUCUCCAAGACUGCUGCUGCCCCCAUCGAGCGUAUCAAGCUCCUCAUCCAGAACCAGGAUGAGAUGCUCCGCGCCGGUCGUCUCGACCGCAAGUACAACGGUAUCGCCGACUGCUUCCGUCGUACCGCCGCCGCUGAGGGUGUCGUCUCCCUGUGGAGAGGUAACACUGCCAACGUCAUCCGUUACUUCCCCACCCAGGCUCUCAACUUUGCCUUCCGUGACACCUACAAGUCCAUGUUCUCCUACAAGAAGGACCGUGAUGGAUACGCCAAGUGGAUGAUGGGUAACCUUGCCUCCGGUGGUGCUGCUGGUGCCACUUCCCUCCUCUUCGUCUACUCCCUCGACUACGCCCGUACCCGUCUCGCCAACGACGCCAAGUCCGCCAAGGGCACUGGUGAGCGCCAGUUCAACGGUCUCGUUGACGUCUACAAGAAGACCCUCGCUUCCGACGGUAUUGCCGGUCUCUACCGUGGUUUCGGUCCCUCCGUCGCUGGUAUUGUUGUCUACCGUGGUCUGUACUUCGGCAUGUACGACUCCCUCAAGCCCGUUGUCCUCGUCGGCUCCCUCGAGGGUAACUUCCUUGCCUCCUUCCUGCUCGGCUGGACCGUCACCACCGGUGCCGGUAUCGCUUCUUACCCUCUGGACACCAUCCGUCGUCGUAUGAUGAUGACCUCCGGUGAGGCCGUCAAGUACAGCUCUUCCCUGGACGCUUUCCGCAAGAUCGUCGCCGCUGAGGGUACCAAGUCUCUCUUCAAGGGUGCCGGUGCUAACAUCCUCCGUGGUGUUGCCGGUGCUGGUGUCCUGUCUAUCUACGACCAGGUCCAGCUCAUCCUCUUCGGCAAGAAGUUCAAAUAGACUGUUUCUUAACAGUAUGACAUGAUAUCCGGGGAUGGGGUUGCUAGUGCCUGGUAUAACUAUCAGGUGCUGGAUGGUGCGGAGGAUGAUAGAAAUAUGCUUCAAGAGCGAUAUCGAUAAUCUUGAGCAUAGAAUCGUGUGAUAUUUCCUCUUGUACCAGUUGUACUUUACUGCCUGCAAGCUUAUUCCUUUUUUUUUUUCUCCACUGUACUUCCUUUAUCUUGGUAUCAAAAUCCAGUAUGUCGUGCCUUGGGUCUUCUAGCUCUUGUAGCUCUUGGUCCCGUAGACUCUCGUAAUGAAAACUCUGGCAGCGCCGGAAGUGGAUCCCAU